AUGAUAGAUGCGGAGGGCGACGGCGGGGGCUGCUUCACCCUGUCAGACCUGUAUGCCUGGCAAGGGUUUUACAACAACGGCAACUCCAAGGGCCCAGUGUUCGUCCUGGACAGCAACGACAGGGUCGACGAAACGGCGACCACCACCACGGGAAAGUGGCUCCUCACGGCGGACCUGUUCGUCACCGGCGGAGCUACGUUAUACUGCCGUGGUAAGGGCGUCGGGGGGAACUGCGCCGAACUCCGCAUCCGGUCAACGAGUGGAAGCGACUUCUUCGAGAUUCGUGGACACGGGGGCAACCUCUACUUCGAGGACACCAUUGUCACGUCAUGGGACGUUGACGGCCGCAAGCCGCAGGAGACGUACAAGGACGGAAGAUCUUUCAUCAGAUGCGUGUCGGAAGUGCUCACAGGCGAAGACACCUGCGCGAUUAAUAACAUGGGAGAGUGCCGCAUGGACAUAAUCGAUUCGGAGAUGGGCUAUUUGGGUUACGACGCAUCUGAGGCCUACGGCAUCACCUGGAAGGUUCGCGGCUUCUGCAGCGACCUGUCCAACCCCGACGUCUUUGACGACGUGAACGUUUACGGAGACAUGAAGGGCUCCGACAUCCACCACAUGUACUACGGCAUGUACUCCUUCGGACAUCAGGGUGGCGUCUGGACCAACAACCUUAUGCACGACAACCAUCAGUAUGGGUUCGACCCUCACGAUGACAGCGACUACCUCAUCAUCGCCGGCAACAAGGUGUACAACAACGUCAACCAUGGUAUCAUCGCGUCCAAGAGAUGCAACAACGUCAAGAUCUACGAUAACGAAGUCUACGACGGCGGCGCCGAUGCGGCCGGCAUCUUCCUUCACCGCAGCGGCGACGACAGCGAGGUCUACGGCAACACCAUCACCAACAUGGGGGACGCCGGGAUAGCUAUGUUGGAGACGAGUGGUUGUGACAUUCACGACAACCAGGUCGACGGUGGAGAGUUCGGCAUCCGUGUUCACCUGGGUUCGUCCAACAACAAGGUUCACGAUAACGUUUUCAAGAACAUCUGGAACGUCGGCAUGUUUACCUACGUCGGGUCCGACGAGCCUUGGGUCGGUGGUGGCCGUCCCUGCGACAACGAGUUCUACAACAACACGAUCCAAGCCACCGAGACCGGCGUCAAGAUCAAGGAGUCUGACAACAUUUCGAUAACAAACAACGCAUUUAGCGGGACGACGGAAAUCGAGUUUAAUAACGCCAUCGACAUAGUCUGGUCAGGCAACAGCAUUCCUACGAACACAUGCCUCGAGGACAUUGACAACAACAGCACCUUCACGGGCUCCUCGGGCCUCCCCUUGGAAUGCUAA